CGGCUGCCGCGGUUGCCUAGCAACCGCGGCCUCCUUCCACGCCGCUCGGGGUACCAAGAGCUGGAGGGCCCAGCAGUCUCUCCUAUCUGGAUGCAAAGAGCCUUAAAUUGCCAAGAUGGCAGGUACAUGGAUUUCUGCUUACCUGCCGCCGGACAUAGACCCCACCAAAGCUCCUGUUGCUUUUGGAGAGAGAGCCCUUCCCAAACUUAAUGAGGAACUACAGUCCCCUGAGCUGAUAACCAGACAGAGGGCACUUAUGGCUCUCUGUGAUCUAGUACAUGACCCUGAAUAUGUCUACCAAGCAAUAAACAUAGGAUUUCUGGAAAGCCUAAAAAAUUUGCUGCUGGAUGCGGAUGACACGGUCCGACACAAAACGACUGAAGUUCUUUUCAUCAUGUCCAAUUAUAAUGUGGGCAGAGAUGGCAUUUUAGAAAAUGGAGUAAUUCCUGUCCUGGCCCAGCUGAUAGAUGAUCCUCUUAACAUCGCCCGGAGAAACCUCCAUAACAUAUUUUGGAUGGUGGCACAGUUGCCUGCAGGAGCCAAGGGAAUAGUGGAAAACAGACUGAUUCCGGCACUAGUGAAAAAGUUGAGAAUUGAAAUGGAAGAAAUACAAGAACUGAUCCUGGAAACGCUCUACUCCUGCCUCCAAGUGAACACCUUCGAAGCCCUAGAGAGUGGGGCAGUGCCCAUUCUGAGAGACGCGCUCUACAGCAACUUGGAGACCAUCAGGAGCGGAGCCGCUCGGGCUAUGAUGGCUAUCAGUGUGCCUCUGGAAGGAAAAAAGCAAGUAUGCGACAAUAACGUUAUCCCAGUGUUGGUCCACCUCUUGAAAGACCAGAAUGCCGAAGUGCAAGCCAAUGCUGCAGGUGCACUGAUGAAUGUUACUGUCACUACUGAAGGAAAAUAUACCGCCCUUUCUGCGGGAGCCAUUUUUCACUUGCUGGAGCUGGUGAAUGCAGACUCCAGUAAGGUCCGCCUGAAUUCAAUCAAAGCCCUCACUAUGCUGGCUGAGGCUCCCGAGGGCCGCAAGAAGCUACUGGAGCACCUGAAGACAUUACAGGAGCGGGAGUUGGACCCCAACGAGGCCGUGAGCCGAGCGGCCAGAAUUGCCGUCAAAGUCAUCCAGUGGAGACCGUAAGACUAGAGCAACAUGAGAUAAUAAACCGCCUGCAAAAACUC